GACACCAGGCUGCCUCGCGAGCAAUUGCGAUUCGUUCUCAUGUCAAUUUAGGAGUAACAUGGCUUCCCGCUUAGAGUGGAUCCCAGAUUCCCUGUACAACUCGGCUGUUACUACGCUGGUCAAUAACUACCCGAUCUUUCAAAAGGACUUGCGGUAUCUUCCGGAAAGCAUCGCCUUCGACAUAUUAUAUCAGCUGUACAAGCAGAACAAACUAUGUUUUCUUGGCUUCGAAUUUUACGAUUUGGAUAUCUUCGCAAAGAUUACAAAAGUGAAAGACAAGAGGCACCUCCUGCACCACUGCUUCCAAGCAGUCAUGGACCAUGGCACCCAGACAGCACAUUUGUUAGCCGAGUCUUAUCACCGACGGUGUGCAUCUGCAUCACCGAAUGCUUCGCCACACCACUACUCAUUUGAGUACCUCAUAUCUGUAGGAAUAUCUAUUGGAAAUUUCCUCAGUGAUGCUGGCUGGUUCCGUGAGAGUGAGAAGGUUCUGCUUAGCUGUCUUUCAUUGUGUCGUAAGAUAGAUGACUACAAGCACUGGGUGUCUGCGCUGGAAUGUUGCCUAAGGCUACUGCACGUGCAGCAGUCAUACUGCAAGUUCACAGAGGCCAUGGAUACCUUGGAGGAGACCAAGCAGUACAUUGUCAAGCUCACCAACGUGGGCCACUCGCUCAACCUGGCGGGCCUCUACUCUGAGUUCUCAUCACUCUACUCCAGCCGUAGCCAGUAUAAAGAGGCAUAUGAAUGGGCAAUGCAGGCUUUAAUGCACCUAAAUUCCAAUGCACACCCUAAGUCAAUUAUUGAUGUCCUCCGGCAAGCUUCAAAAGCAUGUGUUGUAAAAAGGGAAUUCAAGCAGGCGGAGCUCCUGAUUAAGCAGGCACUUCACAUGGCCUGGCAACAUUUUGGUCGGGAACACCCAAAAACAGCAGACACCCUUCUUGACUAUGGCUUCUACCUGCUGAACACAGACUCUGUGAGUCAAUCUGUACGAGUCUAUAGGAAAGUCUUGGACAUACGGCAAAGUGUCCAUGGUGGCAACAACCUCCAUGUUGCCCUUGCACAUGAAGACCUUGCUUACUCAUCCUAUGUUCUCGAAUACCGAUCUGGAAGGUUUCAGAAUGCAAGAGACCAUGCUGAAAAAGCCAUGCAGAUUAUGACCCGUCUGCUUCCUGAAGACCACUUACUCCUGGCUUCUUCAAAAAGAGUGAAAGCGCUGAUCCUGGAGGAGAUAGCCAUUGACAACACCGACAAGGAACAAGAGAUGCGGCUGCUGCAGGAAGCGUUGGAUCUACACGUGUCGGCACUGCGCCUCUCAUGCCAGGCCUUUGGGGAGAUGAAUGUUCAGACAGCCAAGCACUAUGGGAACCUUGGUCGUCUCUACCAGUCCAUGCGACGCUUCAAGGAGGCGGAAGAAAUGCAUCUGAAGGCCAUUGACAUCAAAGAGAGACUACUUGGGCCUGAGGAUUACGAGGUGGCCUUGUCAGUCGGUCACCUAGCUUCACUCUACAAUUAUGACAUGAAGCUCUACGAGCAGGCUGAACACCUCUACCUCCGUUCUAUUGCCAUUGGAACAAAACUGUUCGGAGAGGCAUACAGUGGUCUGGAGUAUGACUACCGGGGUCUGCUGAGGGUUUCUAUGGAGAUGAACAAGACCAACCAGGUGCUGCGCUACACUCGGGUGCUAGAGGAGUGGCGGCAGCUGCGGCAACGCAGCCUGCGCGAAGGCCACGAUGCUUCCCCAUUCACCUUUUGCGUCUGCAAGGUGCCCCCCGAGGACAUCUACACAUAUGUCACCAGCCUGCGGUAGAGUUGCCCACCAAGGCCAGUUCCUGUUCAUAGAAGUAAUCAAGCCCUCACCAAUGCCUGAAGUGUGUGUUCUGCCAGUCUGAGAGUUGGCCACCUGGCUUUCCUUAGUGUCAAUUCCCUGCCCCCUGGUUUGUCCAUCAGCAUCACACUUCAGUUGCAGGGGCAUACGGAUCCCGCUUUGCCUGGUGUGCAACGUCUCGAAAACUUCUUAAAACUGUGUCCUCUCCUUUUUACCCUAAAUGCAGAGGGAUGUAGUAGUUGGGCUGGGAUAUCGAAGCCAGUGUGGCCAUUUUGCAUGAAAACUGCAGAUGCAUUUCCUUCAGCCUGUGCACCUACUGUGAUUCAACUGUAGAACUCAAAUGAAAUUAAAAGUGCACUGCAGUCACUGAAA